AUGGCGACAAAACCAGCUUUCCGACCUAGCAAGGCGCGACAGGGCGUCACAAGCUUCCAUCUCCGACAGUAUGCGCAGGCGACACUCGGUAGUGGUAGUCUGCGAAAGGUUGUUAUGCUACCUGAGGGAGAGGAUGAGAACGAAUGGUUGGCAUUCAAUAUUGUGGAUUUCUACAAUCAGAUCAACCUGCUGUUCGGGGCCGUCUCCGAGUUUUGUACGCCCAUCACAUGCCCAGAGAUGAAAGCAACAGACGAGUUCGAGUAUCUGUGGCAGGAUGGUGAGAAGUACCGAAAGCCGACCAAGAUGCCGGCUUGUCAGUAUGUCGAACACUUGAUGACGAUGAUUCAAAAGAAUGUCGACGAUGAUCAAGUAUUCGCAUCCCGCAAUGGAGUUGAAUUCGCACCGGAUUUUCGUAACCUAAUCGUGCAAUUCUUUAAACGUCUCGCCCGUGUCUAUGCCCAUAUCUACUGUCAUCAUUUCCCGGUUGUUGGGGCGCUGGCAUUGGAUAAGCACAUGAAUACAUCGUUCAAGCAUUUUGUUCUUUUCGUCAAGGAGUUCAAGUUGGAUCAGGGAAGGGACUACUGGGGGCCAUUGAACGAGUUGGUCAAUUCGAUGAUGGCAACGGCGGAUCAGUAG